UGUGUCUUCUCGUCUUUGCUCUGCCGGAGCUCGUUCCCAUGCACAGCACUGUCCCACCACGUGGGCCCAGAAUCUCAUCACUGGCCUUAGUCUCUCUUUUGCGCUUUUGCAUCCUCAACUUCCCUGUGAUCCUCCCAUUUACGGUUCACGCUUCAUGUUCCGGGCACCUUGUGCAGUUCGCGCUUGUCCCAGUAGCUCUCGCUGUCGCGCCCCGACUACCCUUCCGGCCCUUCCAACACACCCGAGGCAUCAACAAAGACUGACAAGUCUCAUGUCGCUC